GAAGAACCGAGAGAGGCCAAGGCAAUUGCUCCAGUUGUGCGUCCGUGACGGAGACCUGCCGGGAUGGGGAACAGCGCAUUGAAAGCCCACCUGGAGACCGCGCAGAAGACCGGUGUGUUCCAGCUGACGGGAAAGGGCCUGACGGAGUUUCCUGAAGACCUGCAGAAGCUGACGAGCAACCUGAGGACAAUAGACUUGUCGAACAAUAAGAUGGAGAUCCUACCACCACUGAUAGGAAAGUUCUCCUUUCUGAAGAGCCUUGCUCUGAACAACAACAGACUGACUGCUUUACCUGAAGAGCUGUGUAAACUGAAAAAACUGGAAUCGCUGCACUUGAAUGGCAACCACUUGAGACAGCUACCAGCUGCAUUUGGACAACUUUCAGCUCUCAAAACCCUGAGCCUUUCUGGAAACCAGCUUCGGACUGUGCCUACACAGCUGUGUGCUCUUCGCCAACUGGAUGUGGUAGAUCUUUCCAAAAACCAGAUCCAGAACGUGCCUGACACAGUGGGAGAAUUGCAGGCCAUUGAACUCAAUUUGAAUCAGAACCAGAUAUCCCAGAUCUCAGUGCAGAUCUCCCACUGUCCACGCCUCAAGGUCCUGCGUUUGGAAGAAAACUGUCUAGAACUCAGCAUGCUUCCUCAGAGCAUCCUCAGUGAUUCCCAGAUCUCACUGCUUGCAGUAGAAGGCAACCUCUUUGAAAUCAAGAAACUCAGAGAACUUGAGGGUUAUGACAAGUACAUGGAGCGGUUUACAGCUACAAAGAAGAAGUUUGCAUGAUCGUUAUUCUGACCCUGUGUGGGCCUGGAAAGAAGAGUUAGUUACUGGAGCACCAGCCUCAGUGACAUAAACGAAGACCAAUGAAGGAGACUGACAACACGAUCCCCUCAAGUAGUCCGAUAGAGUCUGCUGAGCUAAGGCAACAUCGAAUAAACUUGAAGUAGAAAAUGUGGAUAUUGAACUGAUGAACAGGCCUGGGGCUGGUUUAGAUUCCUUGCCCUUAGAGCUUUUAGCACACUGCUUGUUCUCCUUUGUCAGAGCCCUUCCUUUGACAAGAAAGAGAAUGAGUGUUUUGAAGCUGCCACAGCUUCUCUUUGGGAGGAAGCUUAGUACUUUAUAAGAGGAUUACUUCUCCUGGAAAUACUUUUCGAUGUUAGUGCACUGAAGUUCUGCUACCAAAGCAGAUCCAAAACAUUGUCCUAUGUCUUACUAUCAGCAUGUUACAGCAAAGAGCUUUCAAAGAUGUUAUAGUUCUUAACCUGUGUAAGCUUUUAUGAAGCACAAUUAGUUAUAGCUGCACUACUGCUUCAGGUAAACAAAUCAUGUUUUGAGCAUUAUUUAUACUGUACUUCACAGGCUUUCUUCCCCCUUAAGCAAGAAUUGCACUACACUCCCUUUCUGAGC